AUGGGGAAAGUACUUGAACUGCCUGAAUGCUAUGAGAGUCUACGGCCAAGGAUUGAAAAAACUUUAAGACCAUUCAUUCGCAUUACGGCAGAGAAAGGAUCAACUGGCCGUUUUGACUGCAAAUUUGGUGGAGAUCCCUACUUUCCACUUGACGCAGAAUAUCCUUGUGAUGAAACAGGACACCCAAUGAAACUAUUAGCCCAAAUAAAUUUCGAGCAGAUACCUACAUUACCACUUUUUCCAACAUCAGGUAUUCUUCAAUUUUACUUAAGCGUAAAAGAUGACUCUUAUGGGUUUGACUAUGGUAAAGGAUAUGAGCAGAAAAAUUUUCGAGCACUCUUCUUUGAGAAACCAAUAAAAGAUGAGGAUAAGCUGAAGAAGGACUUCGAGUUCGCCAAGCUAUCAGAAGAAGACGAAUUUCCAAUCUUCAGUGGUUGCGAAGCAAAGCUGACUUUCACGAAAGAUGAAGAGUACAUGAGUAUUGGAGACUUCCGCUUGGAGAAGGAUUGCGGAAUAAAGGGAAAUGAAUGGAAGCCAGAGCUUGAAGAUUUCUAUAAUAAGUGUUAUGACGCGGCUUUGGGGCAUAAAAUUGCGGGUUAUCCCGGAUUCGCGCAGAAUGACCCUCGUGGUGAAAUGGAGCAACUUUCUGGAUUUACUCACCUGCUUUUACAAAUUGAUAGUGAUGAUAAAAUUGACUGCGAAUGGGGAGAUGGUGGAGUGGGAAACUUUUUCAUCACAGAAGAAGAUUUGAAGAAGAAAGAUUUUUCAAAAGUUUUGUACAACUACGACUGUUGUUAG